AUGCAUGCAACAAGGAUACACACUUUUUGGGCAGGGGUACGCAUCAAGGAGAAGCUGGUCAUCGACUUCGGGGCCCAAUUCCUGGUGCAGGACCGUUUCGGGCACACACCCCUUGACGAUGCCGUGCGGGAACGACACUCGGAGGUGGCCGAGUUCCUGAUCGAGGCCAAUGCCGAGUUCAAGACCGGCAUCUCCGCCGCGGUCCAACUCUGUGAGGCGGCGGCGCAAGGAGACACCGCCCAGCUGGAGCUUCUGGUGGAUGUGAUCGGGGUGGACCCCAACCUGGGCGACUACGACAACCGCACGGCCCUGCACCUGGCGGCGUCGAAUGGUCACUACGAGACCAUUCAGCGGCCUGGCGGGGCAGGGGGCCGAGGGCACGGUUGA